CACCGAACCGGGCAGCCGUGCAGCGGCGGAUGCCAGCUUACCAAUCCUUCAAAGAGUGCGACCUCAUCUCUCGAGAUCCGAGACGGGUUGACAAACAAUUGAACCCCCGACUUGCCUCGCCUGGAGCAGGGCCCAGUCCGCGACAACUGAGCGAUGAAUAAGCAUAAGCGCGGGGCUCGCAUUCGAUCCGGCGCCGGAAUUGUUUACUCAACGCAGUCCGUGUCCUGCUAUUUACCCCGACUAGGUAAUAAGGUAGUCAGGCCGAGUUUCCGUCAUGUUCCUUGAAGCUUCCACGCUGCCGACCGGUCCGGGAGACAGGGCACCCGCGGCGGACCUGGGCUGGACCGAUGCGCCGGCGGCUACUAGUACUAAGCAGGAACAAGAAGCGAGACCGCCGCCGCGCAAGCGGAGGAGGAUCGUCAUCUCGUGCACCGAGUGCCAUCGGCGGAAGCAGAAGUGCGACCGCAAGCUUCCCUGCACAAACUGCGUCUCGCGCAACAAACAGAGCGCAUGCCAAUAUGAAAAGGGGGCGCCGACUGCCAAACAGCUGCAGAACAAUGGCAAUGGCAAUGGCAGGGCGGUGAUGACCAGCAAGGGCACGGCGUCGUCGGCCUCCCCCGGCGGUUGCAUCACCAUGGCGGCCCAACAAGCCCUCGAUGAGGAAUAUGAAUCCACCACCGACACAACCACAACCGUCAUAACCGGCAUCCCCACCAAAGCAACCGCCUUCGGCUACUCCCACACAGGCGUCAACACGCUCGACUUCCUCACCCGCAUCGAAGCCAUCAACACAGCUACCUCCUCCUCCUCUUCCCCCUCCCAACCCUUCAUGUCGUCAGCAGCCGCAGCAGCGUGCACCACCCCGGAGGCGAUCGCCACCCGCGACCGCUACCGCAGCCUGAUCCGCCAACUCCCCCCGCGCGCGGCGAUCGAGCGCCUGAGCACCAUCUACUUCACCGAGUUCAACUGGCAGUACGACAUGCUGGACCGCGACGUGUUCGACGCCCAGCUGAGCGAAUGGUACCGCCAGCCGUUCACGCUGCUCUCGGGCGGGGGGCCCGGCCCGGGGGCGCUGGACGUGGAGUUGAGGGCGUUCCCGGCCGUGGUGUUUCAGGUUUGCGCUGUUGCGCUGCUUACGCUUGAUCAUGAUAAUGAUGAUACUAGUAAUGAUGACGUUGACGUUGUUAAGGGGGGCGGUGAUAAGGCGGGGAAUUGGGGGGACGGGGUGUUGCAAGGGCUCAAGUAUGCCGGCGGCAUGACAUUUGAGGAUUUGGCGAGGGAGUAUAGUGAGAGCGGCAUGGAGAUUCUGGCGGUCUUGGGGAAGCGGGGGAUGGGGUUGAAUACCGUCCUGGCCGGGUGGGUAAGGGCGAGCUUUCUGAAGUAUUUUGGGUGGGUGACUGAGUCGUGGCACGCCGUGGGCUCGGCAAUACGCGACGCGCAGGAAAUCGGGCUGCACCAGGACAGCCGGGAUCCCAAGCCGGCGAGCGACAGCGCCGAGGCGGUGCUGGAGAACCAGUGGUACAUCCAGCGGCGGCGCAAGUGCUGGAUGACGCUGGUCUGCUGGGACCUGCACAUGGCCUGCGUGCUGGGCCGCCCGACCACGGCGAGCCUGGGCAUGGCAACCCCUACGCUGCCCGUUGACGCGCCCGUGCCCAGGGACCGGUCCAGGACGCCCGUGGUGCCGCGCGGCGACAACGACCCGCCCACGCCGCUGACGAGGGAGCUCUGGACGCACCACAUCAUCCAGCCGCUCAAGGAGGUUCUCGAGCUGCAGAAGGACGGGCCGUGUCCCAAGGACUUCAGUCGCGUCGACCGGCUGCACAACGAGGUGCUGCGCCUCGACGCCAGCAUGCCCGCCUUUUUCCGGCUGCAGAACCCGGACAGGCGCUUCGACGGCCUGCCCGAGUGCUACUGGAUGAACCUGGCGCGCGCCAUCCUGCCGCAGAUCACCAGCUUCGAGCUGAUGGCGCUACACCGGCCGUACAUCUUCACACGGCCCAAGAGCCGGACCGAGGCGCUCAAGGCGAGUCUGGACAUGCUGCACGCCCAGCGGCUGCACUUUAUGGCGCUCAAGCCGCGGAUGUACAAGACGUUCUCGCUCUUCUUCGGCACCUUCGACGCCAUCGUCCUCAUGGCCGCCAUCUACAUCCUCUUCCCUAAGGAGCACCCGGACCUGGUGCAGAGCGCACUCCAGCACUUCCAGUGGGCCGUCGAGCGCUUCGAGGCCAUGUCGCAGCGCAACCCCCUGGCGAGGUCGGCCCUCGGCGUCCUCGGCGCCAUCUACCCGCGGCUGAAGCGGGCGCUAGGCAUAUCCUGCCGCGCGGCGCGCGCCAUGCUGACGCCGUCGUCUUCGUCCACCGGCACAGGCAGCACAGGCAGCACCGUCCCGUCUCUCGCCGACACGCCGCACACCACCACCAGCAGCACGACGAGCUUUUCCAACCAUUCUCCGUCCGUCAGCAAACUACCUGUAGUACCUACCAGCAACAGUAGCUUAAAUGUAUCCACUCCGGCCAGCAGCACAGCAGACACCACCAACGACUUCUCCCGUCCUCCUCAACAGACGACCACCUCCUUCAACCCCCUUUCAAGCAGCAACAACAACCGUGUAACCUCCUCGUCGGUAUCAUCAGUCUCAGCCACGCCGGGCGAGUUCAACUUCAACCUCGACCCGGACCUGUUCCGCACCACCGACACCACAGGCACAGAUACCACCACCACCCAGCAUAGCCAACCAGGUAAUGGCGGCGAUGGCAGCAGCGCGAUAGACUGGACGCUGCCCAGCGACUUUGACUGGGCCAGCCUGCAGCCUAUCUAUGCGACCAGCGAUCUGGUGUAUCACGACCUGGGCGGGAGGUUUGGUCUCAAUCAUUCCGGUUCCGGUUCCGCGUGGGGGUUUGAGUUUCACGGUUCUGGUGCGGGUUCGGGUUCGGGUGGUGGUGAUGGUGGUGGUGCGUCAAACUAUGCCGGGACAGGGACAGGUAACGGUAACGGGGUGGAGGUGAACGGGAAUGGCAAUGUGACCACAGAGAUAGCAGAUGGAGGCGGAGGCGGAGGCGGAGGAGGAGGAGGGGGAGGGAUAGGGGCGACGGGUUCGGGUCCGGCGUUUUGUCAAUUUGCGGGCGAUUUUGGGGAUGAUAGUGUCUGGAGUUUGCUGAAUCAGUAUGUGCCCUUUUGAGGACUCGGAGGGUGAAAAGAGGGGGCUUUGCUUUGGUGUCGAAGUGGGAGAGAUAUACUACGCUUACCAGGUACCUAGAGGGAGCUCACCUUGGUUGUUUUGGGGAACUUAUAUAUAUAUAUAUCCGGGUCCUGGUCAAGGUUCACAGGCGCUCAGAAUAGUUAUUUAGAAGAGGUCCGAAUUGGAGUAUUAAUACAUCAUGACUGGCCCAAAGCCAUGUCUCUCUAUAGGGACUUCACUCGGUAUAUCAGCGAUUUCCCUCUCCG